AUGCCCAAUGCAGCCCCGGUCCAGACAGCAGCAGUAGGGGGAAGCAGCCUGUGCGGCCCGGACGAUGCAGCACUGAGGCAAGCAGUUGAUGGACCACGAGUUGCAGCGCAUGCUGCUCCUCAUCGACGGCUCGCCGCACCCAGAAGCAGUCAGUACUGCCACCCACUUACCCUCCUUAUCUCUCCGCACCCAACUGUGACGUUGGAUGAGCAGAGCAGCCAGUGCUCGCCCCUUCCACUCUCUUGUCUCUUCCUUGUCACAGCGGUCGCCGCUGUCAUCGCCCCCAUCCCCUCUCAUCCCCCUGCUGUGCUCUCCCCAGGCACUAGAAGCAAUGCUGUCGCAUCCAGUUAUCCCCUCACCCCCUCAUCCCCCCAUACCCUUCCAACGCCCUCAUCCCCUCUCAUCCCCCUGCUGUGCUCUCCCCAGGCACUAGAAGCAAUGCUGUCGCAUCCAGUUAUCCCCCCAUCCCCUCAUCCCCGCAUACCCUUCCAACGCCCUCAUCCCCUCUCAUCCCCUCGCUGUGCUCCCCCCAGGCACUAG